AUGAUUAUCAACUUCAAUUGGGUUUUCUAUCACCCAAUUGCACUUCUAAUACUCCCUCUCUCUCGUAUUCCUUCUUAUCGGCAACCACAGUACCCACUUCCAACCAUUGUUAGAGCUCCUAAAUCACUCAAUUCAAUGUCUACAGAUGCAAAGGAGCCGACAAGGCAAGACAUAUUACAUUUUGAGCCCACUCAAAUCGAUUCUUUGGAUGCUAGAGCAAUUCAAUACAGAUACAGUAUAGUCAAAUUGAGUCUGUUCAUUCAAGCGUUAGAUCGCGUGAUCAAAGAAUACAGCACCCCAGACAACCAAGGAAAGCAUGUACUUUUAGUCCAUUACAUAUCCUUUUGUGUGGCAAACCUUUUUUCCAUCAACGAGAAUGGGUUUGCUCCUAAAAUAGGUGCUUUAGAGACGUACAAGAUCCCCAAAGCCUCGGCUGUUCCGAUCUCGGCCGUGGUAACCCAUGUUCCGUACGACGGGAAAGACUAUACUGUGAAGGCACUUACAGAACUUCCGCCGGCCGGAAAAUCUGUGCUGUGUCUCAAGGCUUUGCGAGCUAUGUGUGUAAACUGUCUUGACGGAUAUCAGAAACGCUACACCAAUGCUAGCCGGGAAAUUGAUAAUGCCCCAUAUUUUAAAGACUUAGAUCAUAUCUUUGAAAAUCAAUUGUUUUCCUCUGCAUGCGAAAUGGAUCUUUCUCUCAAAUCGGAGUUCCUUUCGAUACCCCCUUUGGCCUUGAGCGUUGAUCUGUCGCGCUUGGAAGAUGGUGACUACGCAGAGGCAUGCUUGAUUGACAUGGAUGUGAAUGCAUUGUUCUCCCUUGUGUACAAUUUUUCUGCGAUCCUAGCUGAACUCGGCUCACCUAUAGAAGAGAUGAGGGCGGUCAAACUAUCCACAAAGACGUCACAGCAAUCAAUUUUCAAAAAUCUUCCUCAAAAGUCUUACUCGUUGCAUAAACUCCUUUUCUGGGCCAUUCGUCUUAAUGAUUUGUACCUCAUUUCGCGGAAGUUUGUUCGCCAAAUCUAUCAGUCGAACCUCGAGCAUCUUAGUGACAAAAAAUUUCUAGCAUAUAUCCCCAAUGGCCAAAUAUUUCAGAAUCAAUUGACUGAUUUGCAUGAAUUUGGAUUCACAGCAAAGAAGAAUGGUGUACUCGUUGCCACGAUCACGCGCUUUGUGAGAACCAACUCCAAACACGAGGUUAGCUCCAAGAGCUGUCUGGAUUUCAUAGGGUUCAUUCAUCAAUUCUUAGUGUACCUUGGAGCAUUCUAUGAGAAACUUAACACCUUUGGACAAUCUUGGUUAUUUGGUGAACUUGCAUUUAGAUCAGAGCACAACUUGUUCAUUGAUCAUCUUUCAAAGACUCUUGCAGCGCUUAAGCGUACAUCGAAAACCCAAUUGGAACUUAAACGUCAAAAACAAAUGGAAACAAAAGAGAAGGAAAAAGAAGAUUUGAUGGUGACGCGGCGCAAAUUACCAGUUGCUGCCGCUAAAGUUAAGACAACAGUCGCACCAACAAACCGAAUAACAUCUCCCUCAAGCUCGGAUACUAAGAGCGAAGAAACUCAAUCAAGAUCUCCUGCUUCGUCGCUAUCAUCAGCAAUGUCAUCAAGUGAUGAUUUACCCUCAAUAAGACGGAAUUCGUCAUUAAAGGAACGCAAUCCGCCAACUGAACGACUCAAAAAACCUUUAACUCUUCAUCGAGUUUCCUCAACAAGCUCUUUGCCUCCUGAGAAACCGAAGUCUUCUGUUUCACCCGAGCGUGCGAACUCAAUUGUCGGAAACAGAGCUCGCUCUUCGUCACAACCUCUCUCAUUUGGUGCCGCAAACCAGGCUCUAAGAGGUGAUGACGGCAACAGAAAGGAUAAGCCAGAUCAAACUAUCGCAAAUUUGCGGAAUAGAACAUUUCGAGCUAGCCCAUUGGUUGUUCAACAAUCAGAGAACCCGGCCAAAGUAAAGCUCAGCGCCAGCCAAAAAUUUCAACAACAUUUGCAAGAAGCCACCAAGUCUGGUGCUUUGUUUGGAAAAGAGAAAGAGUCUCUUACAAGUGUUGUGUUCGAUCCUAACAACCCCUCUGCCACGAACAUCAAGCGUUCGUCAAAGCUCUACUCUAAGAUGCCACUUGAGAUACCGAAUGUGAAGAAACAAAACGAGCAAAAAAAGCAGGUCACAGUUAGCUCCACAUCACUUUCAUCUUCUGCAGCGGCUACAGCCUCCAAGUCCAGAGUAGAUGAGACAAAUGGAAAAGCUUCGAAUGCCGGCUCUCGACUAGUGCCCAGAACGGAGGUCGAUAUGGAAGGGGAACAUGCUGCUUCUAUGACUACACAAGACAACCCUGAGUCUUCUCCACAGACAACACCCGCCGCGCCACCUGUUGCGAUUACAAGGGCACAAAUUACUAGAGCUAACACGAAACGAAAUAGUGUUGCUAUUAAAUUGAAGUCACAAGAAGACUUGAGCUCUUCGAACCAGGAAUCAAACAUGUCAAGUCUCUCAACGCUUUCUAUAGCUACAGAGACUCUGUCAAUGAAGAAGGUUCGCUUCAGUGGAGUGCCAGAGUGGACCCCGUCCGAAGACGCCCCCACUUCACACUCGAAGCGGAUCUUAAGAAAUUUUGCAUCUUUUCAAUUUUCCUCAUUAGCUCACACGGCCUUUAAGCAAAAGGAUCAAUUGUUCAAGAAGGAGGAGAGCAUUUCAUUCCGCAAGCAGCUCAAUCCAAGUGAGUCAGCAGCGAACAAAACACUCUCAGCAUCUUACUCACUGGGAUUUUCCAGCUUUAGAAGUAAAAUCAAAUAA